AGACUCCGCCCACAUGUCGAGCAUGUACUUCGCAAUAAACGUAAUUAAAAAUAAACGGGAGUCCAUCCUCUUGGAAGUGCAUAAGUAUCGUAAUUCGACCUAUCUCGCCUGUGCGGGAAGCAGCACAUUGUAUUAUAAAAGGAAAGUGGCAGAAGAAGUUUAUUCACAACUUACAAUUGCUUCGGUGGAGGGAAAUGAGACAAAAUUGCAGUGUACCUGCUUUCUUGAACAAGUUAUGGACCUUGGUGGAGGAUUCGGGGACGGAUGAUUUAAUCUGCUGGAGUCGAAAUGGCACCUGUUUUCAAGUGUCAAACGAGAGGCGCUUUGCUAAGGAGAUCCUUCCAUUGUACUUCAAACAUAAUAAUAUGGCAAGCUUUGUCAGACAACUCAACAUGUAUGGCUUUCACAAAGUGCUUCACAUAGGUGUGGGUCUGUCCCGAGAGCUGGACGACAUCAUUGAGUUUCAACACCCACAUUUUAGACAAGGAGCUCCUCAGCUACUGGACAACAUUAAAAGGAAGGUUUCUGUGAGCCGGGUUGAUGAUCUUAAAUUGAGACAGCAAGAGGUGUUGAAAAUCCUGUCUGAGUGUCGCCAGAUGAAGGGAAAAUAUGACUUGGCUGAUGGCAUGAUUCUGGCAAUUAAAAGGGAAAAUGAGGCAUUGUGGAAGGAACUAUCAACUCUUAAACAGAAGCAACUGCAGCAACAUAAAGUUAUUCGGAAGAUUAUCCACUUUAUUGCUACUAUGGUACAGUCAAACAGUGUACCUGGAAUCAAGAGAAAAAUGCCCCUAAUGAUUGGUACUUCUGGAUUGCCUCAGUCCUAUGCCAAGUAUAGUCGGCCCAUCACUAUGGAUUCUAGUCAGGAUGGCACAGCUGUACAUGGUAUUCCGAAAUGUGAGAGCUGUGAGAAAAGCAGUGUUUACUCUGGAGGCGUUAUCAUCUCUGAAAUCACACAUUUGAUUGGAAGUCCGGAUCAAUCUGCUGAAGAACAGUACAGUUUUGAGAAUGGAAAGCAGAGAACUGCCGAAACACUGUUCAGUACAGAUACAGACAACCUGGUAGCUGCUUCCAGCACAGUGACAUCACCAUUUACAUCACAUGACCUGUAUGACUCACUUCUGGAUGAACACUGUCAAAUGACCACAGAAGAGAAUUCUGACCGGGGUGAAAUAAUUGAUCAUUUGGAUAUGAUUGACAACAGUUUGGCUCAGAUGCAUUCUUCACUCAGCAACAGUCGAUUAAACAUUAAUUUGGAUUUACUCAAAGAUCUCUACAACCCAUCAGUUGGAGGAUUAGUAACAACAUUUCCUGAAGUAGGAGUGGACACCAGCAAGAGGGCAAGUGGACAAAAAAAUGCACAAGAGGAACAAGAUUAUACAGAUUUGCACAUCAAAGAAGGUCAAACUGAAAGUCAAGAUAGCAGUACCCUGCCUUUCUCAAAGGAGGCUGCAGAUGAGACCGAUAUGUUACCAACCUUAUUGGAACUGGCAGAAGAGGCUAGUGAUGCCACAUUUUUCCCCAGCGAAAUCUCUAUUUUCGACAGUGACACUUGAAACCAAGGGUCCAAGUUAAUCCACAACUAAGUGGUACCCAGCUUUUGCUGAGAUGGGCGUAUUCUUUUCAAACAGUAGAACCUUACUUCAAACAUUACUGCUGUAAAGUAGAAUUUCCUCAUUAAUGUGCAGUGCAUUUCUAGGCACAGUGUUUUCCUUUAGCUUGGGCUUAUUCAAGUUAGACUAGUGAGCAAAAUUACUUACAAGCCAAUAAUCCUAAAACUGAUCUUGCAUUUCUUUUCUUUUUUUGACAUAAGCUAACGUAAUUAGAAAAGAGGCUGCUGUGUAAUUAAAUGGACAGGUCUACUUUGGGCCUCUUUGUAUAACAUUUCCACCUCUCGCGUCGAGUACUUGAGUUAUAUCACUAAAUAAGCCAAGGUACUGAUGAACUGAAAGUCUGAUUAACUGCACACUGCCAACAGCCUGCUAAUGCAAAGCUGUUUCACUGGAGAAUCAUUCAGGAGAGGGGAAGACAAUACAUAGAUUGGAUAUUAGGCUUUCCAUUAGCCCUGCUGGUUUUGAAUAGACACCUUACAUGGUUUGCUGCUGAGUAUAUUUGUGUGAUUAUUAAUAUUGUGCAUCAGCUGAAUGCAACAGGAGCCUCACAGAAGUUGUGUCUGCACAGUCCACUGAUAUAACAAGCCUUGGGUAUUUUAUUAUUUAGUUAUUUACUCUUCUUUUCAGAUCUGGUUUAUCCACCUGUAAUUUCCAGAAGAGGUUAAUUUGCCCAGUCUCUGGCCUUUAUGUUCUUUUUUUUUUGCAUAAUUUAAGACACCAAGGUUUUUUUUAGUAGCAGGGUAUAUUUUGCAUGAAAAGUGAUUGCUACAGAAUGGUCAAUGGAAUUAGAGAAUUAAAAGAAAAAUGCAAGGACUAACCAGAAAAUUGGUCAGCAUCAGUGGCAUGUUUGGUAUACAAGUUCUAAACAAAAUAUUGCCCUCUGAUGCUGACAAGUAUGCCAUUGAUGAUUUCUUUAUUGUGUUGGAUUCUGAGCAAUUUUGGAGGUAAAUUGCAAAAUGCAGGUCCAUUAAUUAGCUCCACAUUUUAUCGUAGUGUCUCUACCUGCAUUUCUCUAGUUCCUCCGCACAAGUCACAGUGCAGUUCCAAUUUGGAUUUUCAAUUGUUACAUAAUUUCAUUCUUAUUUACUCUCAGUCUGGAGGUUGAACCACAUCCAUCCAAGUUCAAAAAUUCCAGUUAUUCUGGCUAGCUUUGAAUGGGUAUUAAUGGAUGCACAUGUUUAAUGCAGCAACAUCUUUUAUAAUUAGAUUUUUAAUUUGCAAUUCUUGUCCUGCCAUCCUCUCCUGUUAGGUUUCACGUGUAUUGGCAGUACUCUGAGUUUCCAGCAGGAAUCUCUGGAGAACGAUCAGCAACAGAAAGGCCCAGGCCAUAUUCUAGAGACUUCCAUCACUCUCAAAUGUUCACUGCCGGGUUUGUAAGAAGCCAUGAACAGGCCAAAUGGAAGAUCUUUUGUCAGUAGAGCUUGCAGGUUGGGAAGAGUAAUUUACUAAAGCAAGAGAAUGCAGCUCUACAACUUAAAAGUUCUCGCUUUGCACUGGCAGCUGCCAUUUUACAGUAUCACCUAAGAAGAUGAUGUGGAUAUGCUACAUGGACAGAUUAACUCUGUAGGGACGUGUACAGUGAUUCAUUCAGUACUUUAUAGGUCAGGCAAUAUAGACUAAAUGGCAUUGGACUUAAAAGGUGUGAAGGAAAUGAUGGAACUGAGUGUAUGUAUAUAAAUCCUUAACUAGUAGAACAGAUCGAGAAAACAGUUUAGUAAAGAAUAUGCGAUACAGGCAUCUUAAAUAGAAACCUAGAAUACAAAAAACAAGGACGUUAUGGUGAACCUGUCUGAAGCAAUGGUAUGGUCACAACUGGAGUAUGCAUCCAAUUUCUGGCCACUUCUCUUUAUUAAAGAAUUAUUAGAAUAUCUUUCACAUUGAGGUAUUUCAGCUGUAAGAUCAGACAUCAGUUGAAGCAGAGAUUACAAGGUGAUCUGGAGGGAAUGUACAAGCGUAUAGGUUGGGUAAGUGGAGGAAGUAGGCCCAAGUAUGGGAUGGUUGGAAUCUAGGGAACAUGGAUUUAAUGUGAUGCUUGAGAACAUGGGAAAAAAUUCCUUCAUGCGUUAAGUUUUAUAAUCUAACUUUUCCUACCUGUUAACCUGCGCAAGAGACAACUAAGGCUCAAAGAGGAGAAUUGGGCCAGUACUUGAGGCAAGAAUUUGCACAGUAUGGGGAGAACCAGUAAAUGGGAUUGAGUGGAUUGCUAUGCGUAGAGCUGACAUGCACUUGAUGGGCUGAAUAAGUCCCUACCAUGCCAUAUGAACCUUUGAUUCUAAAUGCUGUUCAUACUGCAUGAACAGCUUGCCAACUAUUUUGAAAGUUUCAGUAAUUGUUUACACCACACUUGAUUUUUUUUUAAAGAACUGCUGCUUUUACUUCAUUCAGUAAAGCAGGAUAAGGGAAUGCAAUAGUCAAAAUAUAGUAACCAUUGGUAUUCCACAACAAAGUGGGAAGCACAACGGUUUUGAUCUUUGGGGACAAACAAAAGAGAAAAAUGAAGAACAUAAAACCUAGAUCUCUUGUGCUCUCAUUGAGAUACAACACUCUGAGAGAGGGGUCUGGAGGAACUUUACUGUUACAAGUCAGCGAAAUUAAAAUGGCCAAACAAUUCCAUGAAUGAGAGAAGGUGGGAAAAGUCCAUUACUUUCUCUGUUGCAAAUGGGGGCCACUUUGGGAUGCGUAAUUUAGCAUUGCCCUUCAGCAUUUUCUAGGCUUCUAGUAGAUUUUGGUAAUCUUAAAUUUAGAGUCAAGUUAAAGUUAAAUAUGGUAAGAAUCUCUUCAAACUAAGCAAAGGAAUGUACAUGAUUUCUUAAUUGCUCAUAACCGUAAUAUUGUUGCCCACACUGUGUAGGCUAGGGGGACAAAAGGUUUAUCUCUUCAAAUCACCUUACAAUCACUUUUUAAAACUUCACUUUGUUACAUGGAUAUGGUCUAACCAUAAAGGGAAUCACUAAAUCGGUUUACUGAGGGACAGAGAAACAUUUGUCUUGCAUGCUGUUCAUACGGAUCGAUUCAGGACCACAGUACGUUGAGGUAAAAGAAUAUCAGAAUGUAGAUUGAAGUGUUACACCACAAAGUGCCCCACAGGCCGACAACAGGAUGUAAGGUAGUAAGUUAGAUUUUGAGCUCAAGAGUCCUAUUCAGUAGUCUUGUAACAGUGGGAUGCAAACUGUCCUAGAGGAUGGUGGUGUGUGCUAUCUGUUUUUCUAUCUUCUGCCCAAUGCAAGGGGGAGAAGAGAGGAUUUCAGGGUGGGUGUGAUUUUGAUUAUGCUGGCUGAUUUGCUAAGGCUGGGAUGUGCAGAAUCCAUGGUGGGGAGGCUGGUUUCUGUGAUUUGCUGAGCUGUUUCCACAGUUCUCUGCAGUUUCUUGUGGUCAUCUGCCAUACCAAUCCGUGGUGCUCCUCUGUGGCAUUGAGGGUUGAUGGGGACAUGCCAAAUUUGUUUAGCCCCCUGACAAAGUGGAGGUACCUGUGAGGCUGCUCUGCAACUUUUUUUUGGUCAUGAUAACGCUGCCUGCUCUGAGUUUUGAUACAUUGGAGUGUGUAGUCCAAUGCCUUGCACAUUUUAUUAGAAGCUGCAUAUGAGAAACAGUUCUGAGAGUGAUAAAUUACCAAUAGCAGUGCUCCUUCUAGAAAAGCACAAAAUAUGGUUUGUAGUUAAGUUUAAGCCCCCAAUUCUUAGACCAGCACAUAGCUACCCCUUAUGUGUUAGGGAUUAAUCACUUAACCACUAAAUCUUUGAUGGUUCAUUGCUUUUGCAGUAUAUGGUAUUUUUAAAAGGUCCUUUGUGAUCUUUUCACAAGUGCAUGAGAAUUAUAUUAUUUUACUUACUUUCUAUGUAAAUAGGAUUUGUUUAUUAGCUUUUUUAAAGAGAGUAUGUGGUUUUGUACAGAGUCUGAAGAAAUGUUUAAGGUAUUAAUUUUGCACACUUAAUGCUGUUCACAUGCACUACACUAAAUGAAUAGAUUUAAAUCAUUGUUAUCAAGUGUUUGAUAUUAAGUAUAUUUCUUACAGUGGCUAUAUAUUAAUAAAUGCAUUGUCAAGUUCUGGUG